AUCAACAAUUUUAUAUAAAAAAAUUCUUAAAAAAGCUACAGCAAAUCAAUUCUCUUUAAACUCAUCAAGCAAUCAAGAAUGUCAGAUCAUAUUCCUCAAGAAGUCCUGACAGAAAUUUUCUUGAGGCUGCCCGUAAGAUCGAUCUUACGAUGCAGGUGCGUAUGCAAAUUAUGGUACUCUUUAAUCUCGAAUCCAAAUUUCAUUUUCUUGCAUUCCAAGCAAAUUACUUAUAGCAAGAACAACAACACUGGCUAUUUACUUAUGAGGCAUUACUCGAGGACUAACAAAAAAGAAAGCUUCACUUUACACUUAGACGAUGAUGAUUUAUUUAGUCACGAGUACCAAAAUCUCGAUUUUCCAUUACGAAGUAGUUGGGAUUAUUUUGAGAUUGUUGGUUCUUGUAAUGGAAUUUUAUGUUUGACUGAUAAUCAUUCACAUAUGUUGAAACGAAUAGUUCUUUGGAAUCCUUCGAUAGGAUUAUCGGUAACACUUCCGCUUCAGCGAAUUCGCUACCGAGUUCUAAAUGUUGUUCUCGGGUUUGGAUACGAUUCAAGGACUAACGAUUAUAAGGUCGUAUUGGAAGGAGCGAUUCAUUGGGUGGGAUAUUACAGUCCUGAAAAACUAACUAUAGCAGUUUUUCUCGUGCACGAUGAAGAGUUUAAAGAAUUCAAAGUGCCGGAUGAAAUAUCCGGGACCAGCGUGCAACAUUUAUCGGUCAUGUUAUGCGGCGAACUCCUUUCUAUCAUACAAUACAAGAAAAGAAGAAAUCAUUUAGGGUAUGAAAGUUGUUGUAUUUGGAUAAUGAAUGAAUACGGUGCCGAUGAUUCAUGGACGAAAUUGUUCAACGUUUUCAUCGGCGGCGUCGAAGGAUUAGGGAAGGUAUUAGGGCUUAGAAACAAUUUUGAAGUUCUGGUAGUAAGGGAAAAUGGAGAAUUGAUUUCAUAUGAUCCUUGGAAUCUAAGCAUCAAAUGUUUGGGAAUAUAUGGUGAAUCAUGCUCUUUUUAUGCAGCUAAAUACAUGGAGAGUUUGGUUUUAUUGAAGAAAUAAUUGCAGCAAUGCAAUUAUUUAAAAAUUAUACACAAUGCAAAAGAAAAUGGA